AUGAGAAAAUAAAUGCUGAAUUAUCUAACUUUCAUAUUCAAAAUAGAUAGUAAUUAAAAUUUUAGAAUGCCUUUUGAUAUAAAAACAAAAUCUAAAUAUAAAAUAGCGAGUAAAAUUUAAUAAAGAUUUCAUAGUAAAUAUAUUAGAAAAUUAAAUGAACUAUUGAAAAAUAGAUGGUAAUUAUAAGUAGAAGAUAAAUAAGACAGAUGGAAAAUAAGUUUAAUUUUAAAUAUACAGCGAGUAAUAUUAUAGAAGAAUAAUUUUGAUAGUGAGAGAAUCUUAUAAAAAUGUAUGAUGAAAUAGAUAGUAAUAUUUUUGAAAAUUACUAUAUAAUGUAGAAUAAUUGUUAAUUUUAAUAUGAAAACAGCGAGUAAGAUUUAUGAAAGAAAUUGAAAAAAUGUAGCUAACUAACUAUAUUAAUUCUAAACUAGAUUGUAAAAUAUUUGAGUGAUUUAAAAAGAAUAUAAAAAAAUAAAAAAUAAUAAUAAUAGAUUGUAAUAUUUUAAAUAAUUUUGGAUGAAUUACAAUCAAGAAAUGUUUUAAUUAAAACAGCUGGUAAUAAUUAAUUAAUCCUAUUAAGAAAUUAGCAUACGAACAUCUACUAAUUAAUUAUUUAUUAUAAAGAAAGGUAUAAAACUUUUAAAGUUUUUAUUAAAAAAAAGCAAGAUUUAACAAAUGUUUAUAAAAAUAUUAGAAGGUAAUUAAUUAAUUAAUAUUCCUACAAAUAAAUUUAU